UGCGAUUGAAAGGUAUGUGGUCUAGAAUUCUGGUCUUCGUAGGGCUCUUUAGUCUAGUCUUGGGACUCGAGCAAGUGCGGUAUGACAACUACAAGGUCUACAAUAUAAGGAUCGACGAUGUCGAGCAUUACCAGUUGCUGAGUAGUCAGGAAAACGCCUUUAAACUCAACAGUUGGCGCGAGGCUCGUCAUCCGGGAGAUACCUCGGACGUAAUGCUACCCCCGCAGUACCAGGAGUCCUUCGAGGGUCUUUUGAACAAAUACAACUUCACAUACAAGCUCAAGAUUGACAAUGUGCAGACCCUCAUCGAUGCCCAGAGACCCAAAAAGCGAACUGGCUAUAUGGAAUGGACGCAGUACCAUACACUGGAAGAAAUCUACGCAUGGCUGGAUUUGAUCGAACAACGCUAUUCGGACAUAGUGACACCUUUCACUAUCGGAAAUUCCUACGAAGGAAGACCCAUUCGAGGCAUUAAAAUCUCUUUUAAAGAGGGAAACCCCGCGGUGUUUAUUGAAUCCAAUAUUCAUGCUCGGGAGUGGAUUACUUCUUCGACGAUCACAUACUUCAUUGAUGAGCUCCUGGUUCCCCGGAAUCCAGGCGUCCGAGAUUUAGCCCAAAAUGUGGACUGGUACAUUAUUCCUGUGCUUAAUGUCGAUGGCUUCUCUUACUCGCAUGAAGUGGAACGUCUUUGGCGAAAGUCGCGCUUGCCUUCGGAUCCCACUGGAGAAUGCAUUGGAACUGAUCUAAAUCGGAACUUCGACUAUUUGUGGAUGUUAAUUGGCGCCAGUGACGAUCCGUGCUCUGAAUUUUAUGCUGGACCUUCAGCAGAAUCUGAUCCAGAAAUCCAUCAACUCACUUCGUAUAUCAACAACUCGAUUCCAGAGGGAACUAUCAAGAUCUACAUAUCGCUGCAUUCAUAUGGACAGUAUGUUCUCUCCCCAUGGGGACACACCGCUGAGGAAUUCCCGGAGCACUAUCCACAAAUGAUGCAUGUGGCCAAGGGCUUCUCAGAUGCUCUUUAUAGAAGAUAUGGCACUGUCUUCACGUACGGAUCCAGUGCCACAACGUUAUAUGAGGUUUCCGGUUCGGGCAAGGAGUGGGCCUAUGCUGUAAAGGGAAUUAAAAUACCCUACACUAUCGAACUGAGGGACACAGGAGAGUUGGGUUUUGUCCUGCCACCAGAGGACAUAUUACCUGUGGCCCGCGAGGUGACCGAAGGAUUUGUGGGCAUGAUAGCUGCUGCCAGGGAAAUAGAUAUAUUAUAG